AUGACGCGCCCGGAAAUCAUUCGCGCUGAUUCAAUUGACCUUCAAGACCAAGAUGCCCCAUCGGCGCAAGACCAUUCGAAGAAACAUGCAAACACAGCACCGUUAGGCACUGGGCCGCCUGCUCCACACCAGGCCGAAGCAUUGCGGGAAGUCGCAGCAGAAGUCGCAGACGAACAACAUAGAAGUCCAAGAGUUUCAAGAGAAUGGGCCAAUGGCGAAGGGCAAAUGAUACAAGAUUACACGAGUGACGAUUCGGCUGCUGGAGGGAACGCUGCAAUGAAUGGAAAUCAUCAACAAGACGAUUUGGCAAUUGCUCAAAAUGGAGGGUUGUCAGGUUCUGGGGGCGAGGAUGGAGAUAUGGCGGAUGCUGAGGGAGACGAUAGCAUGGAUGAUGACAUGAUGGACAAGAUCUCAAGCUCCCCGUCAAUCGACGAUGGUGGGUAUUCUCUUCCAAAAAUUUGGCCUUCUAGGUCCGACUCCCUUUCCCGGGCAAGCUCCUUGUCGUUUUCACAAGCGUGCGGCGAAAGUUCAUCCCCUUUCCUGGAGCCACCCACUUUCUUUCCAUUACAACCUAUGAGCGACCAGCUAGAUAUGGACCUGAGCCAGGUGGCUCACGAAAUUCAAUAUCAUCAUCAUCAUCUAGGUGAGUAUCUUGACCGGGCGAAUAGUACUACGUCCAAUUACGACAUCGAUGCGCUUACACCAGUGACUCCGGAGAAGUAUGGACCUUACGUGGAGAGAAACGAGCAGGACUAUAAUGAGGAGUAUUUUCAAGACCAGCUCACAGCAAUGCAUGAUUUGGACCAGGAUAUUGCGCAGACUUCGGCUUUCGAUCCUUACGAUUACGACGAGGCAAUGACCAUACCAUACGAAAGUUCCGAAGACGAGGAGGACCUAUAUUACGAGGAUGAUGAUGAUGAUGAUGAUGAUAUUCCAUAUGCUGCUGACUCUAGAUUUGUUGAUUCCGGAUGGGGUGGAGAGUGCUUACAAGAAUCAGAGGACAUCGAUUUCGAAUUCGUCUACGCGCUCCAUACUUUCGUCGCUACAGUAGAAGGCCAAGCCAAUGCAACUAAAGGAGACACAAUGGUUUUACUGGACGACAGUAACAGCUAUUGGUGGCUCGUUAGGGUAGUCAAGGACAGUAGUUACUUACCAGCAGAACAUAUCGAAACGCCUACUGAAAGAUUAGCACGACUUAAUAAGCAUAGGAAUAUUGAUCUUACGUCGGCCAUGUUGGGAGAUCAAGCAGAGAAGUCAAAGAACCCCCUGAAGAAAGCAAUCCGACGAAGGAAUGCCAAAACUGUGACAUUUACUGCGCCGACAUAUGUUGAGGCUUCAGAUGUUGACUACUCUUCUGACGAAGAUGACGGCGAUGGAGGAUUUUACGGGCAGCAAGAACAACAGACUGAACAGCAAGAGCAGACCGUUGAGGAUGAUGAGAUUGUUGCAAUAGAGCCACUCAAACCGCGCAAUGAACUUCGCGAAGUCAAAUCUGAAAGUCCAGAACGUGAUAAUUCAACCGUUAAAUCCAGCUUGGACACGACUAGGAGCAGUGACGAGAUUCUUGAAGGAAAGUCGGAAGGUAGCAAAUCUAGGAACGGUACUCUUCGCAACACGGAUUCAUUCUUCAAAGAUGAUACAGUGGAAACUCGAAAAAUUACACUUACACCAAAUCUGCUUCGCGAUGAUUCUAGCACUUCGACUCGGACAUCUAAUGAUUCGGAGAAAUUGAAGCAGAGGCCGAGCCUCGAUCGACUUGAGAAAGAUCUUGUGUCAGACAAACUUAAGGAUAAAAAGGACAAGAAGGAGAAGAAAGAUAAGGAGAAGAAGCCAGGGAUGCUUAGCGGGCUUUUCAAACGAAAAGACAAGAAAUCGAAGCACCAAGAUGAUGACCUCGAAGAUUCGAUGUCAUCAAGCAAACAUUCAAGCGAGAAUCGUGCAUCAUCUCCAUCUCCUAGCAAGGACUCAGAUCUCGCAUCUGUCGAAGAAUCGAGCCCAGAAGCGCAAAAGCAUCCUGGCAAAUUACAAAAGCAACCGCGACCGGAAACGUCACCAAGUCGAAAGCAAAGCGCGAGGGAAGCAAGGUCGAUAGAACCACAACUUGCAUCAAUUUCCGAGCGUGCAAUCGCAGCCGAUUCGGGGCCAGGGCUUUCAUUGCGUUUGGUGCAGCCUGAGCCACAAACAGCGGCCCCAAAUCAACAGGAAGCUCCCAGUUCACCCACUGUUCCGAGCCCUAAGUCACCCGGGCCAAUAUCCAAGAUCUUACAUUCCGCAAUUUCUAGCAGUUCAGAGCCCAAGCCUGUCAAAGCCAAGAAGGCAAAGGCUCGAGUCGAGUUGGAUGAUUUUGAUUCAACUUCUGAAGAGUCCGAAGCUGAAGAGCCUAUUCGUUCUUCAAGUGAACAGGCUCAACGACCUAUUCCAGGUAGCUUCCCCGAUAGUUAUAUCGCAACUCCUGCAACGGAAAAUCGUAAUGCCAUGGAAGAGAGAUUGUCGGAAUCUCCAGUACAAGUUUCUCCGAUUACACCGACGAAUUCUCAUCCACCAGCACUUAUGGUAGAUACGUCUAGUCAAGAAGAGCCACCAUCACCGAUGUCGUCAUCCCCUUCACCUUCACCUGAACUUAUUGACAAUGACGAUGUUAAGAAGGGCACUGGAAGCUCUACCACUUCAGCAUCGACACCUACAUGGAGUGACUCGCAUCUUAGGACAUUCUUUGAUGAUGACACAGAUAUUAGAGAUUUAUUAGUUGUUGUCUACGACAAAUCAGGAGUAGUACCAGCAGGGUCAGAUCAUCCAGUUGUGGGUAAUCUUUUCAAAGAAGAGAAUGCCAAAUUGGCGGAUAUAACCAACCGCUUGGAUGGAAUGCUUGGCGAUUGGUUAGCUCGCAAAAUGAGGACGCAAUCUUCAAGAUGA